GAGGUGGAAGGGUGGCCACUAGUUACCACAGCCAGACAGUCAAAAAUGCCUAUUAUCGUAAACGUUCAUGAAACAACUUUUUUCUUCUUCUUAAUUUACGGUAACGCAUAAUGUUAUCAGUGUGAGAGUAAGGUUAAAAAUCAGAUUUUCAGAAGAUCAAUUGUAGAAAUAGGAGGGGUUUACCCAUAAUUAUGACUUUGUGGCUGCGGUAACUAGUCACGAUCAGGUGGAAGAGCAAAGUCUGAACGGAGGAGUUUAUAGUCCAGUUCUAGAACUUACAACAGCCCCUUCUGUCCGCGGACAGACUACUGGACGUACCAGACGAAGCUAUAGGUAUGGCGGCGGGAGAGGCACGAAAAGUCAUCAUCUACGGCGGGAAAGGAGCACUAGGAGCCACUUGUGUCCAAUACUUCAAGUCUAAAAACUGGUGGGUGGCUUGUAUUGACAUCAAUGCCAAUGAGGAUGCAAGUGCCAACAUCCUAGUCAAACCAACCGACUCCUUUACUGACCAGGCAGAACAGGUGACAGCGGAUGUGUUGUCGUUGCUAGGCGACCAGAAGGUGGAUGCCAUCCUGUGUGUGGCGGGAGGAUGGGCCGGAGGCAGCGCCAAGGCUAAAGCUCUCUAUAAGAACAGUGAUCUGAUGUGGAAGCAGAGUGUGUGGACGUCUACCAUUUCCAGUCACCUAGCAACCAGACACCUGAUAGAAGGGGGGCUGCUCACACUGUCUGGAGCUCAGGCUGCCCUGACCGGAACCCCAGGUAUGUUGGGUUAUGGUAUGGCGAAGGCAGCGGUCCACCAGCUGUGUCAGUCUCUAGCGGGAACCAACAGUGGCCUCCCUCCACAAGCUGCUGCUGUCACUAUACUACCCAUUACCUUGGAUACGCCUAUGAACAGGAAGUUCAUGCCUGACGCUGAUGUCACUUCCUGGACACCACUGGAAUAUGUGGCAGAAAUGUUCUACGGCUGGUCGACAGGAGAGAACCGACCGGCCUCCGGAACUCUGCUGCAGCUGGUGACAUCCCAGGGCCAGACACAGGCCACACCGAUGUAGAGGCCGCACUCUUCCGCAAUCAUCUGCUCACUGUCCUCAAGAACUGAAAUUACCACAACACUACUUAAUUGCUGGGCGCGUUCAAGCAGAUACAUUUUGUCUCGUCGGUCACCGCCUUUCAAAGUGUGUUGCAUUAUGGGGAUAAAAAUAGUUCGACAUGUGCCUACAUAUCGAUUGCAUGAACUCUACAAAUGUAAAAAAAAAAAAAUGCUUAUUCAUGUGUGCUUCUAAAUCAGCAUUGCUUGCUGUCUAGGGUUUUAGCCUGGGUUUCUGUAUAACCACUUUGUGACAUCUACUGAUGUAAAAAGGGCUUUAUAAAUUUGAUUUGAGUUAAGCAAUCAAUUAGGGUGUUUUUGCUUGACCCACGUGACUGAAACAGGAACCACCUUUGCCAUGAAUCUAAAGCUACAGGGAAUAAAAUUAAGUGAUAUUUAAGAUCUAACACAUUAAUUGUACACAUGUUUUCAGUUUGUGAGUGUGAUAUGGGGGUACAUAAGUUUAUUUCAACAAUUUGUAAAGAAAACCUUUUAUAAACAAUAGCAGCUAUGUUGACACUGCCAUAUUGACCUGAGCCUUACUGCUGGAAAACCCCCACAGUGUCCUAACUUUUGACUGUCGCAAAUGCACCUCCCCCGCCUUCACUCACCGACUAAAUUUACUGUGGGCUUUGUUAGCAUUAAUGCUCAAACACAUCUGUGUGUCAGUGAUGUGCAGUCAGGGUAGGCAGUGCUUACUCUAAUGACAAUCUAAUCAAAAUAGCUAUUAUGAAAGUCAAAUUGAAAAUAAUUAUAUUUAAGUAUUUUUUUUCUCAAAAAAUAAAUAUAUUCUCUCAAAUCCCAAAAUGUACUAAAACUGCAUCAAAACCUUGAGUCGCCAGGAUAUGCAUCGCGAUCGUCUUAUGCAGUGCCUUCCUUCCCGGUAACUGAAAGGCACUCCAGUCACUGUUGAUGGACGUUUCAGGCAUAGGGCUUUGCUGCCUUCUCCAUCUUCAUUCAUUUAAUUGAGCGGAUUUCAUUGUUUGCACAUGCGUAUUGUCUUUGAAAUAAAUGGAUAAACUGCU